ACAAACGCCAUCAUGCACCGACUCUGAUCCAAUUUCACACGCAUACUAGCGCCGCCGGUAGCAGCACCGGCAGCCGCGUUCCUCUCCGCCAUGGAUCCCGCGAACAGCAGCGCGGGCGCCGAGCUCGACGACGCGUCCGAGUGGCGCACCCGGGCGCUGGGCGGCACGGAGUACAGCUGGCUCCGCGCCGUGCCGGGCGGCACCGGCACCACGCUGCUCGCGCUCCGCCUAUCCCGCGGCGACGCGGCCGAGGCGGCGCUGCGCUCCCUGCGGGACGCGCACCCCGUCCUCCGCGCCCGCCUCCGGACCUCUUCUCCCUCCGGCCCGACGCUGGCGUUCCCCGAUCCGGCACCGCCGUUCCCGCUGGCGCCGCUCCCGGCCCCGGGCUCCGCGCCCGACUUCCACGCGCUCCUCGAGCACGAGCUCAACCGCAACCCGUGGGCCGACGACCCCGCGUCCUCCGACGACGCCCCGGUCCUCUUCGCGACGCUCUACGAGCUCCCAGCCGCCACGGGCGACGCGGCGCUGUUCGUCCGGAUCCACACGGUCGCGUGCGACCGCUCGGCGGCGAGUGCGCUGGCCAGGGAGCUCGUCGCGCUGCUGGCCGGCGCCGGCGGCGAGGAGCCCGACCCGGAGGAUGCGGCGGCGGAAGCGGGGCUGGAGGCGAGGAUCCCCCAGAGGGACACCUGGAAGCCGUUCUGGGCGCGCGGGUUGGAUAUGGUGGGCUACUCCAUCAACGGCCUGCGGACGUCCACGCUGCCGUUCGUGGAGACCGGCACGGAGAGGUCCACGCAGAUGCUGCGGCUCGGGCUCGGCCUCGACGAGACGACGAGGCUGCUCGACGCGUGCAAGGAGAACGGGGUGAGGCUGUGCUCCGCCGUGGCCGCCGCGACGAUGCUCGCCGCGCGGCAGUCGAAGCCGCUGGAGAGCGGCCAGCAGGAGACGUACUCUGUCGUGACCCUUAUCAAUUGCCGCAAGUUUCUUGAGCCAGUCUUGGAGGACCGCAACGUUGGGUUCUUCUACUCCGCCAUCACCAACACGCACACGAUCCACGGCGGGGAAGGGCUGUGGGAGCUGGCCAAGAGAUGCCACGACUCGUACACCAGCGCCAAGAGCAACAAGAAACACCUCACCGACAUCAACGACCUCAACUUCCUCAUGUGCCGGGCCAUCGAGAACCCCCAGCUGACGACCGCCGGCGCGCUACGGACGGCGCUCGUCUCCGUGUUCGAGGACCCCGUGGUCGCCGACGUGGCCGAGGUGCAGAGCAAGGCCGGCGUGGAGGACUGCGUCUGCUGCGCCACCGUGCACGGCAUCGGCCCGUCGAUCGGCGUGUUCGACUCGAUCAAGGACGGCAAGCUGGACUGGGCGUGCGUCUACCCUUCUCCUCUGCACUCCAGGAAGCAGGUCCAGGAGAUCUUCGACAAGGUGACGCAGAUUUUGCACCAUGCAGCUGCGGCUGAGGAAAAUUUUGGAGACUGCACCUACGAUGUCGUCGGGAGCUUUAUGGGACAUCUCGGUAGAGCUAUUGCUCCAUUUGUGUCUUUGUGAGCAGUGAGGCAUUCUUUUCUCGUGCGGGUU